UAGAGUCAUUAGUCUGCAUCACUUAGCCAGUAGUCAAACAUGGAUCCGCCACAGUCACAACACAGCGCUAAAGCUGCUGAGUAUCAGUUAGAGAGCCUCACUUUCCUGUGCAGCACGUCACCUUGAAAGUUGUUAAAAUUACCCAAACAAGAUCACUUAGCUGCUUGCUGUUAGUGGGACACUCAGGCAGGUUUAUCUCGUUGCCGUGGCUACAGCUGCCAUGCAGUAAUGGAGGAGAGCCACAGCAGAGUCUUUAAUGAGAAAAUAAUCAUUGUUUAUCUCUGUUAUCUCAGCCAAGGAGGGUCAGCUAAGGCUUUUUUUUAUUGCAAUUUGUCCACAUAUUGUACAAAAACUGCAAGAUAAAAAAAAAGCUUUUUUAGAACAGUUUAAGACGCAGUUAACAAUUAGUAAAAUCACAUUUCCCAUAAAAUUACACUAUUUUACAGUUUUUAUAUCAGCAAACAAAAUCAGUAUUUUACACUUGCCAUAAUUGCAAAGAAGAAUUGUUUAUAUUAGAGAAAACUCAUUUUUAAACUGUUAUUUUACAGAUUUCCCCUGUAUUGUGCAAUUACAGAUAGUAUCUCGUAAAAUCACAGAAAAUGUUUAUUUACAUGGUGACUUUUCAAACAUUUGCAUCUUCUUAUACAAUGUGUGGCCAUAAAAUUGUACUGUUUUACUUAAUUCAAAUCAUUUAAAAAUGUCUUUAUUUUCCAGAUAUAUGCCAUUGUUUUUUUAAUUAAAUUUUUUACAGUUCUUGAACUAUAGAGUAUUUCCCCCUUGUUUAGGUUUUUUGUUUCUGGCAUCCUUGCUUCCAGGUUUGCCUUGUUUUUCACAGGACUGAAUUUAAUGUAAUUUAAUGAAUUAAUUGAUUAAUUGCUUGUUGUUGUUUUUUUUUGUUUGUAUACUUGGCAGAAUUUCUUAAAAUUUGUUACGUCUCCUCUCUCAUCUUAUCGUGACUGAAUAAUUUCAAACGGAUAAGACUGCUGAUUAAAAAGAAUUGUGACUAUAAUAAAAACACUAAUUCCCCUAACUAGUUGAACAUAACUUCAUUAGAAGUUGUCAAAUAAAAAAGUUUUUUUUAUCUAUCUAUCUAUCUGUCUAUCUGUCUGUCUGUCUGUCUGUCUGUCUGUCUGUCUGUCUGUCUUUCUAUCUUUCUAUCUUAUCUAUAAACUGCAAACAUUUCUUUGGUCACAAUUAUUCAGUCAUAAGGAACUUUAAAGUUUGACAAAGAUGCAUUUUUUACUUUUUCUUUGGCCACUGACACAAAGUCAUGUGUAUUUGCACAUUAUGACCGUUUGAUCCAGAUAGAAGUCGCUGUAGAUAUUUAUAAAAUGAUGCAGCUUGCACGUGAACGCAUCACUCUCAUUAAAACUGACUGGUUUUGCGCCAAGCUCUGCCCUCUACAGUGCAGCACUCUUGCGCUGAAAAUAUAUUAUGCAGAGAGAAUCCAGACGAUUCCCUGCAUGAAUAAACAGUGACUGAUACGUUGGUCUAAAUUUUCCUCGUGUGUCAGCCUGUCAUGAAUAAUGGACGCUCAAGUUGUAGAAAUACAAAUAAACGGAGCUCCCAUAUAAGUCGAUAAAUGAAAACGAUUCCGUUUCACCUUACCUUGAGUGCUUGACUUCAUACUUUUGCUAAAAAAGCUGCCAAACAUAUUUAUUUCAUUGUUUUAAUUAAUUAUGGUGGCGAAAACAAGAUUUUUGGGCCGUUAAACCGAAAAGGUAAAAAAAAAAAAAAAAAAAAAAAGUGGUUUGUUGCUAGGAUACAAGGAGGUAAACAAAGAUGGCGCCAUGCAGCUGCACUGAGGCCCGUGUUGGUUAACGUACUUCUUUAAAAAAAAAUACUUUAAAAACUAUUUUUAGCUACACAAUCCGUUCAGACUAGUGUUGGGUUAUCUCACUUAUGUUUUUCAGCUGUUAAAUUCGGCAGUUUGCUCAUUUGUCUCUAAUUUAAGGAAAAAAAAAGAUGGAUAUGAAAAUAAAGACAUUGUUUACUUCUGUAGGUACCACAGGCCCUGAAAGCCAGACUGAUGCUAUGGAUGGAUGUAAGCUACCAUGACAUGGAGGAGAUGGACAAACUACAGUCCAUUCCUGAGUUGGAGAGUGCUUUACGCAGCGUUCUUGGAGUUGACCUCCCUGAACCAAAGAGAGGAGUUCUGUUGGAGCUCUAUGUGCAGACUGUGCUUUUUUGCAGAGAGCACAGUUUCAAAAAAGAGCAAACUUCUGCUCUCCUGUCCAUCAUAAAGUCCAUCCACGAGGCCAACAUAGAAACUCCACUCUUAAACUUCGAACAGUGUCUGAAAUACUGCAAGGAGCUUCUGCUCUGUCACUCAGUCAGGCGGCCUCCUUUCAGUAUCAACAUCUUCAGCUCCGCGGAGGCAAACUGUAUCUUAGAAUACAUCCACAACAACUACAUGAGACACUACAAACUCUACAAAUAUAUCUUCACUCCACAGGUAAAACUUGAUUUGUCUUUGACAUAUUCUGGGAUGACUGAGCAUGAGCCAGCUGCCAUGGACGUUUCCUCUGUGCCAGAUGCUGAAAAUGUGGUGGAGAAAGAAGCUGAAGCAGGACCAAAUAGAGAUGGGUCUUCUGACGCACAGGAAACAUCCACCACAGAGCAUGAGGAAGCAACGCUCGGUUCCACAUCAGAACUGAAGACACUGAUAGAGCGAGAAGUCAGAGAGCAAAUGAUGCACGUGUCUGAACAACUCGAUCAGCGCAUGAAAGAAAUGUCACUUCAGCCUCACUUAGAUCCUUCACAGCACACAAACAAAGCCAAAAAAUAACACUUAGAAUAGUUUUUUCCAUUUAAAUAAGUAGUAUUAGUAGUAGUAGUAAGUUUCAAAUAAGCACUCACAGGAGAUAAGACAAACCAAACAUUUGUUUUUAUUGACAAACCUUUUUUUCUGCUUAUACAGUACAUUGCAUGUCUCCAUUUGUACAAUUACUGUACAUUUCUCAAGCAGGCACUUUCACGAAAAGUGCUUCUCAUCAGACGGAAGAAUGAAUUAAGUAGGGAAUGCUGCUGCUGGUUAGUUCUAGUUAGGAAUACAGUCAUAAGUGGUCUUCACACUUGGUGUGAGUGGGUUUCCUAUUGGAGGAAUGUUUACAUGCAUGACAGCUACAGGAUUCUCAACCAACAAUGUUUCACACAUGUCCAUCAGUGCUGAUUUGUAACUGUGGAACAGCUAAAUCUGAGCUUCAGUACAGUAUGUCUAUGUAAGUAUUAAAUAACUAAUCACAGUGCUUUGUUUUCCACUUAGAAA